AUGUCGAGGGCCACCAAGACUUCAUCACCCACCGCUGGUCGGGACUCGCCGCCAACUUACUCACGACGGUAUGGUCGGAAAUAUCUUGAGCUUGACAACCUUCAGGAUGCCAGCGUGUGCCACCGCAAGGUCGGCAAAGCACGCGCUGACUGCCGACUUCGAACCUCCCAGUCGAAAUGGGGAUGCUUGGGUGAAGCAUCAAGGCCGGCGGGAAUCGUCUACAUGGAUCUAUCGUUUGAUCAGCCUAUAGACUGUAUGCUACUGAGUGCUACAGUCAAAAUCACGUUGCAAGGUGCCCCCCAGCACCAGCUUGACCUGGAUAAGCCUGUACGCCUCCAUCUGACCGACCACUACGGGCCUAAGUAUCUCAGCGGAGAUCCAAAGAAUGUGGUCAAGAAAACGAUCUUGCAUCUUGCGCCCCAGGUCAAUGUACUGGGAAACGGAGGCGGCGGUAUCGGUAUCGAUAGCGAGAAGUCAAUUACUUAUGACAGCCGAUGGACAUUCACAGGUAAUCUGCGCCCUGCGCAAAAGACCGACCUGGAAUAUCGUACUAUUAAGUGGGAGUUACGCGAGGAAGACCCUGAGUCUCAAUCAGUUCACAGCAAUACGAUCCACACUGCCUUUGCUUUCCAGCAUGAGGGAAGGCCCUUCCUCAUGAGGAUUGAGAUCAAGGGAAAACUACAAAAGGGCAGGAAGCGCUUCAAAGAAAGGGCUCGUCAAUUGAGGUUCCCAUCCCGUCAUGAGGGUGAUGAGGGAUCCAGUGAUAUUCUGGUGUAUCCAAGCGUUUUGACGCAGCCUUCAAGCCCUCGUUUAGAUCGUCUUGCAGAGGAUCUGCCCAUGGUUAUGGAAAGAGAGAACUGCCUUCGCAUUCCAGUGCAGAUCCCUACUGCAUUGCCAAUAUCGUUCACAGAGAGUAACGAAAACAUUCCCGACAGAGCAGCGGCAGACAUUCAGAAUAUCCCAAACAUGCUCGAAAACCCAUAUACGGGGAGCCUACCGGGCAUUUGGCCCGUUUUAGAGGACUCUGGACGCCACACUGAGACAGUGCGGUCAUCUGGCUCCAACUCGUCUUUUUCCUCAGAAACGUUAGUAAACAGCAUAGAGUCCUGCGGUGCAGACGAUCCAAUGGAUGCGUGCAUCUCAAAACUUGGAGACGCUGUGCACACCUUUCAGGCCUCGCAAAUUAUUGGCCAAGAUGCAUUACAGGCAUCUGGGAUUGUACAGCACGCAAAUUCCAUCUCGAUGGUUCCAGUGAAACCGAACGGACCACCUGAACGGAGGCAUGGCGAGAAAGGAAGCGGUAGGACAGGCAGCCCUGAAGCAGCGCUGAUGCUGUUAUCGCGCUAUCCAUCAUUGAUCAUCUUAAUCCAAAUCCUCGCUGCUCUCCUGGAUUCUUGCGGAUGA